AUGAAACUUGUAGAGCUUGCAAGAAUAUAUAAUAUUCUAAACAAGCAUACAUCUGCAAUCACAAAUAUAAACAAUCAAGAAAAAAGAGUAUCAACAAGCAAAGACACAUGCAAGUAUUCGUUAGAGAAUGAUUGUUUGAAAGCUAUCCUCGAAGAUGAGAAGAUGGCUUUUAUAAAAGCAAAGGUCAAAGGAUUGAGAAAUUUAUAUUGGGAUGGAGUGUUAAGUGUAUAUGAAGAUGACCAUGAACUUAGUUUAGACACAGAAAGAAAAAUUAUAACUUUGUCAAAUGAAUAUUUUAAAAUUUUAUUUUUAAAUUUAGAUAUAAAAUUUUUAUUUUGA